AUGAUCAUUUCCAAUAGCAAUCUUACUGGGAGGAUUCCUAAGUUGGAACUUAAGCUUAAGCAAGGUUCUUAUAUAGAUUUGAGUUCAAAUAAACUAGAAGGUCCCAUUCCUUCUUGUUUACUUCAAGCAGGAGCACUGAUUCUUUCCGAUAAUAAAUUUUCAAAUUUAGUUUCUUUUCUAUGCAACAAAAAUAGUCCCAACAUUUUAGGAAUUUUUAAUAUAUCAAACAAUCAAUUAAAAGGUGAGUUACCCGAUUGUUGGAGUAGUUUAACUUCAUUAAUAUAUGUUGACAUGAGCAAUAACAAGUUAUCUGGAAACAUUCCAUUCUCAAUGGGAACCCUUGUUAACAUGGAGGUUUUGAUUUUAAGAAAUAAUAGUUUAAGUGGUCAACUCACUUCCUCAUUGAAGAAUUGCUCUAACAAGUUGGCCUUUUUGGACCUCGGGGAAAAUAUGUUUCAUGGUCAAAUACCUUCAUGGAUUGGAGAUAGCUUGCAACAAUUAGUCAUUUUAAGCCUACGAUUCAAUAACUUCUACGGAAAUAUACCUUUGAGUGUGUGUUAUUUGAGAAAGCUCCGAGUUUUGGAUUUGUCACAAAAUAGCUUAUCAGGAGGAAUCCCAACUUGCAUAAAGAAUUUCACUUCAAUGGUUCAGAACUUCGUGAACUCAACUGCAUCAAUGGAGCACAGGUAUUCACCCAGGAGUGGGACAUAUUCUACAGCUUAUGUUUUCAACUUAUUCCUGAUGUGGAAAGGUGUAUACCGACCCUUCAAAAAAGCAGAUGUUUUUCUAAAAAGCAUUGAUCUCUCAUGUAAUCAUUUGACAGGGAAAAUACCAACUGAAAUAGAGUACUUAUUUGGGUUGACUUCCUUAAAUUUGUCAAGGAACAAUCUCAGCGGAGAAAUCGUUUCAAACAUAGGAAAUUUAAAUUCGCUAAAUUUUCUUGAUUUGUCAAGAAAUCACUUAUCAGGAAGAAUUCCUUCUAGUCUAACCCAAAUUGAUGGUCUCGGUAUGUUGGAUUUGUCAAACAAUGAGCUCUAUGGAAAAAUUCCAAUUGGAACACAUUUGCAGACCUUCGGUGCUUCAAGUUUUGAAGGAAAUCCAUAUCUGUGUGGAGAGCCACUUGGUAGAAAAUGCCCUGGAGAAGAUCCACCAAAACAUCAAGUGCCAACAACCGAUGAUGCAGGAGAUGAGAAUUCAGUAUUUUUGGAAGCAUUAUACAUGAGCAUGGGGAUAGGAUUCUUCACCGGUUUUGUUGGCUUGGUAGGAUCAGUAUUGUUCAUACCCUCUUGGAAAGAAAGGUAUUCCAGAUUGUUGAACACAUUGAUAAUGAAAGCCAUCACGUGGUGGAAGGAGUGA